UGGUGCGCGGUUUCGCAGCAGGGAAUUCGAAAGAAGGGGAUACGAACGAAUGAGACGAUACGAAAAUAAUCAGCCAGUUCGUCGUUAGUUGCUGAACAAGCAAAAAGCGUCAGUCAGUCGGUGUUUGUAAACAAUAAUCGAAUGAUAAGGUAAAUCAAAAUGGUAAACGACACGCUAUUGGACAAAACAGUGACGUACCAAUACAUGGACCUGCCCGUACCCAGUAAUAAGUGUCUUGCCACGUACGUCUGGAUAGACGGAACGGGGGAAGAUGUCAGAGGAAAAACCAGGACACUUGAUUUUGUUCCAACCAAACCAUCAGACCUUCCCGUAUGGAACUACGACGGCAGUUCCACUUACCAAUCGCAAGGUUCCAACUCUGACACGUACCUGAUUCCUGUAGCAAUAUACAAGGAUCCUUUUAUCCGAGGCAACAACGUACUAGUACUGUGCGAGACCUACAAAUACAACAAAGAACCCACGGAGAGCAACAAGAGGGUACGGUGCGCAGAAGCAAUGGAAAAGGCCAAAGGAGUACAUCCAUGGUUUGGCAUUGAGCAAGAGUACACUUUGUUGGACAUGGAUUUGAAACCUUUCGGGUGGCCUAAACAAGGUUUCCCGGGCCCUCAAGGGCCUUACUAUUGCGGAGUGGGAGCUAACAAAGUAUACGGGAGAUCAAUUAUGGAGGCCCAUUACAGAGCCUGUCUUUAUGCCGGCAUUAACAUUACCGGAACUAAUGCCGAAGUGUUGUUAUCGCAGUGGGAGUACCAAGUGGGCCCGUGUGAAGGGAUUUCUAUAGGCGACGAAUUGUGGAUGUCGAGAUACAUUUUGCACAGAGUAGCGGAAGAUUUCGGAGUGGUCGUUUCGUUCGAUCCCAAACCAGUGGAAGGAAACUGGAACGGGGCAGGGGCGCACAUUAAUUUUUCUACAGAAGCGAUGAGAACUCAAGAUGGGAUUUUUGAAAUAGAAAAGGCUAUUGAGAAGUUGAGUAAACAUCAUAAGAGGCACAUCCAGGCUUACGACCCUCGCGGGGGGAAAGACAACGAAAAACGUCUGACAGGAAGGAAUGAGACGUCUUCCAUAGAUACUUUCAGUUCAGGCGUUGCGAAUCGUGGAGCGAGCGUACGAAUUCCGCGGGGCGUCGCCGAAGAAGGAAUGGGCUAUUUCGAAGACAGGCGACCAUCGUCCAACUGCGAUCCUUAUUCUGUGGCAGAGGCUCUUGUGCGAACUUGUAUUCUGGAUGAAUAAAUGUCGAAAAUGUUGGCGUUUAGAUAAAGAUUGUAUAUAAUCCUACUUAUAUAAAUGUUUAUAUUUUGAGA